AUGGAUAUCGAUCAAACCCUUUGGCCGCCCUCCGCCUCUCUUGAUGUCGUUGGGUUUGAUUUGACCGGCCAUCGUUCGUCUUGCGCGCAGCUUGGCAUUGCCGCUGCUCACCAAGUCUUGCCGACAAUGGACAGGCGCAAGCCGGUCCCAACGGAAAAUGAUUUCAAGGUGGCCAAUGGUGGCGAAGGGACUGGGCCGCUGCGCGCGCAAGCUAGUGUGUGUCUCAGAGUAGCCGGGCUCGAAUUCAAUUUGCAAGUCGAUAUGCACGUCGCUGUACGCUUCGAUCUCGCGCAGAUGCCUCCCCGAAAAGCUGCAGCCGAACCUAACAUGCGGCUAUGGUUGCAAUACAUGCUACUUCCGCACGGCUUUGCCGUGGAUCUGAACCGGCUACGGGUGGUUUGGGGUGCUUGUCUCGCUCCGAACGAGGGGUUCGACUACGAUCCUUCGGAGAGACCCUAG